GCUCUCAGUCUCUUCGUUCACUUUCUUGCUCCUUUUUCGGCGAAAUGGUCAACAAGCAUGAGAUCGAGGCGGCGCUCCACGCCGAGUCGCAGGCCAUUUCCGCGGGCAGAUUGAAGGAAGACAAUCCUCUCGACCUCUCCGACGACUUUCGAAUCUUUUGCGAAGCAUGCAGGAGGGGCGACUUGAAAAUCUGCCAAGAGCUUAUAAUGAAAGGUGUUAAUAUCAAUGCCAGAGAUAGGUUUGACUAUACGCCUCUGAUUUUGGCUAGUCUUUGCGGGCAAUUCGAAGUUGCCCAAUUGUUGCUUGAAUCUGGCGCACUAUGCGAGCGCGACACGUUCCAAGGCGAGCGUUGCCUAUACAAUGCGUUGAACGAUCGGAUACGUAACCUCCUCCUCUCAUACGACUACGCGAAGUCGACAGACCCUUUACAACCACUAGCCGCCCAUAUAACGUCCCUUCUGACACGAGACCACCCCAAAACCACCGAUAUCACACUCGUCACGCCGACAGAGUCCUUUCGGCUGCACAAAUUCGUGCUUUCUGCUAGAUCGCCCUACUUCGCGAAGAAACUUGCAACAGCGCCGGAUACUACGUCGUGGAAGCUUUCAAAUAGUAUACCUACAGAAUCAUUACAUCUCGCGUUGCGGUAUUUGUAUUUCUCAGAAGUCUCCGCGGACCUAGGCGAUGGCGAAGAGGAGCAAAUAAUACUCACUGGCAUUGACAAAAUAAGCCGGCAGCUAGAGAUCGAACGCAUGUUCGAGAGCAUAUUAGAAUCAGGGGACAGACGCUUGACACGUCAACGGCGAACAGACGAAGUCAACCGAGGACGAGAUCAGCUGAAUGAGUGGUUUCAGAAUAAUGUGAUGAAGAACAAGAUUGUAGUUGACACAGAAAAGGCGCAUGAUGUGCACUGGGACAGAAACAAUGGGAUCUUUGCCGACGUGCUGCUACGUGCCGAUGACGAGCCGCAAGAAGAAACACAGGUCGAAAUUCAACCUCAAGAUCCCCUUGUUCGCACAACCUCUGGUCCAUUAAAUGGCAUCCCGAUUGGCCCUUUAGCGAAAUCGCGUUCUCCCUCACGCCACCGUAGCCCUCAGAAAUCAACACUCUAUCCAGUCCACCGGGCGAUGCUUCUCCGAUCCGAGUACUUUCUUACUAUGUUCAGCUCGUCCUUCCGCGAAGCUCAAGAAACACAACACCUCCAGAUCAUCAAACUCGACUGCACCCCUGCAGUCCUGGAAGUCAUUCUGACCUUUUUAUACACGGAGCGUGCAGACUUCGGACUGGAUGUAGCCAUUGAUGUACUCUUCAUGGCUGACUUGCUGUUCAUUGAGAAACUCAAGCAAAGGGCGGCUAUGAUCAUAUCGACCCUUGGAAACGGGUCCACUAGUGCAGUCGAAAGCGAAAAUCCUCGCGGCGCGACAGAUGCUGAGAAUGCGCUGGAUGUGUAUGAAGUUGUGCGAGCAGGAUGGGACACGCGAGUCCACCGGUUAGAGGAGUUUGGUGCGCGGUAUAUUGCUUACAGGCUAGAGCGGUAUAUCGACGAGGAAGAAUUUGCAGAGCUAGUAAGAGAAAGUGCCAACAGGAUCAAAGCGAGACAAGAGACGGAUACGGUGGAGUUGAUAGAUGAUAUCCGCUACUACCUAUCCGAUCGCUUCCGUCUUCGCUUCGAAGACUCAGGCCUAGAAGAAAUGAUGGAAGAGAAUAUCAACGAAGACCCCGCAGAACUGCCAGAACCACUACCAGAAGAUGAAGGCGUGGAUAUCUCCUCCAAUUCUCCGCCAAAGCAAACCACCGACGAGUUUCUUUUUCCAGAUAUUGAGUCACAGUUGCGGGGCGGCGCAGUGCGGACGUUAGACGGUGAAGUUGCUGGUGACGAGUUUGCCCAGGAUGCUAUGAACUACCAAAUCCUGCUGGGGAAAAUAGAUGCGUUGCUUGCCAGGCUCGAGUUGGAUGCUUAGACUACACUGUGGUAGUCGGUUACUCUUUGGCACUCACACGUAGAGGAAUCUGGCACGUGCAGAAUCUUUAGACAUGCAUAGCGCUCUGAACGGAGACGUUUUGC